AUUAAAUUUAAUGUCGUAGCAGUCACUAAGCUAGAUAUCACAGCACAGUCAACAACAACAACAUUAGAAUUAGUAACAAGGACCGAAAAUAGGAAGCUCGAUAGAAGACAUCACAUAAGACCUGGAGGAAUUAUUCGAAUCUCUAAAGAGUAAUCAUCAUUAAAGAAAUUGUAGUUGAGAAGCAAGGAUAGUAAGUCGAACAGAUUGAGAAAUCUACAUUGUUGGCAUUGCUGCUCUAUUUGAACAUUGACAAAUCAGAGACUCAAUUUUUUAAUUAUGUUGUUAGAACAUUAGAUCAAUUGCAAUCAGUAAUUCAAUAAUGAAACCAUUUUUAGACUACUUUAUCGAAGGAUUAAUUCAAAUAAUUGUUCUUGGAUCCUCAAAUCAAUACGGACAAUUUGAAAAGCGAAGAGUUUGCAUAAAUCUUUAGUGUUUUCGAUUUACAGAAAAAAGGAUCUUUUAGUGCUGAAGAUUUCUUGAGAUUGUAUAAGGAGACAUCAGAAUACUUGAAUCUAAAUGAAAAUUAGAAACAAUAAGUAGAGGCUAGAAUAAAAAAGGAUUUUGAGAUUAUCAGUCCAGAACACAAGGAAAUUACACCAAUUGAAUUCUUUAAGAUAAUCAAUAAUUAAGGUUGAUUCUAAUAUUGAAAUGAAAAUUAA